AGAUACUAAAGGUUCAAAAUCUAAGCCACCAUCUUCAUCCAAUAAACCUUCUCCUCCUGGUGCCAAAGGUAAAAACAAGAAGCUUCACCAAAGGAGCAGGAGGACGUCGAUAGAGAAUUGAUGGUUGUUGUAGUUGUAACUGCAGCAUAAACUUUUACCGUUGUUGCACUGCUCUUCUUUUGUUGUCUCAAGGUCAAGGGUAAUAAGAAUAAAAUUAGCCCCAGAGAAGAACAUGGAGAUGGGAGACGUCUUCUUGACUUAAGUGAUUUUUCAGGCGAUAUGGGCUUUGUAAAGAAUUUGUCAGCCAAGCCUGAUAAACCUGAUUCCUCAUUGGCUGAGGCAGAGCCAUUGGGAGCAAUUGCCGGAACACCCUCAUUUCCUCCUCUAAAACCUCCUCCUGGAAGAUUAGCUCCUCCACCUGGUCUUCGCCCCCCACCGCCUCCUAAAGCUUGUCCUCCUAUGCCACCUAAAUCAAAACUUGUACCUUCUGCACCACGUCGUCAAGGAAAUAGUGCUUCUAGUGAGCCAUCUGAUGAAUCUGGAGCUCCAAAAACCAAGCUAAAGCCAUUUUUCUGGGACAAGGUUCUUGCCAGUCCAGGUCACUCAAUGGUUUGGGAUGAGAUUAGUGGUGGAUCACUCCAGUUCAAUGAGGAGAUGAUAGAGAGUUUAUUUGGUUAUACUGUAGAUCACCACAAAAAUGAUCAAAGGAAAGAUUCGUCUCAGUAUAUUAAGAUUAUCGACCCAAAGAAAGCACAACACUUGUCUAUUCUCCUACGAGCACUGAAUGUCACAACAACAGAAGUUGAGGAUGGUCUCCAAGAAUGUCUCUCUGAACCAAUUUACUUUCAAGGCAUUGGUUCAUGGGUUUUGCAAGGUUCAGGAUUUGGACAGUGCUAAAGAGCUGUUAUUUGGCAUGCUUGAUAUAGGCUCUUCGCCUAGUUAUUGCACCUACUUGUGGCUGGUUGAUGGAUACUGCAACCAAGGCAAUGAAGAAGCAAUUAUAAAACUCCUGGAUUAGUUUAAUGAAAGAGGUCUUUGCCUAGAUGUCUCGGUAUAUAAGGCACUGAUAAGGAGGUUUUGCAAGUAGGAAAAUAUUGAUUAUGCUCAAAGAAUAGUCAACCUUAUGCUAGGAAAAGGUAUAUCAGGAGAUAGUGUUAUAUACACUAGUAUGCCUUAUGCUUACUGGAAAAUGGGAAAGUUGAAUGUUGCUUCAGAUUUUUUGAAUGAAAUGUAUAAGAGGAG